CUCCCAUUCGCCCCACGACAUUUGUUUAAUUGUUUCCACUUUGUCCAGCUCAUUCACCACCAAACCCUCCCCGCUCUCUCUCUCUCUAUUGCAACGUAUUCUUAACCAGAUCUCCGGGCGUAAUCCCAUAAAGAUUCGACCUUUUCCACCCCUUCCUUCGUUUUAGACUUUAUAGCCCAUAUUCGAUUUCUCUCUUCUUUGGGGGUUUCUGGGUUCACUUUCUUUACCGGAAACCUAAUAAGGAGAAAGAGUGUUUGAGCGUGCGUGUGUCUGUGGGGAAGGGGGGAGGGGUUCUUGUUAGAGAGAGAAAGAAAAUGGAGAAUGAAGUAGAAAGAGAGGGCGGGUCGAUGAUCUUUAGCGAGGAGGAGUUGAUAGAGGUGAGUGGGUUGAAGAAAGGAAUAGAUUUUAUAGAAGUGACAUGUGGGUGUACCAGUCAUAGAUAUGGUGAUGCCGUUGGCAGGCUUAGGGUUUUCUCUAACGGUGACCUUGAAAUCACCUGUGAAUGCACCCCUGGUUGCAAUGAAGACAAGUUGACUCCUGCUGCGUUUGAGAAGCAUUCUGGAAGAGAGACGGCUAGAAAGUGGAAAAAUAACGUUUGGGUGAUAGUUAAUGGGGAGAAGGUUUCAUUAUCAAAGACUGCAUUACUGAAAUACUACAACCAGUUAUCUAAAAAUGCCAAUGGUACUAACAGAUCCCUUAACGGAAGAGUUUGUCAUCGUGAGGAGUUUGUUCGCUGUAGCAGGUGUAACAAGGAGAGAAGAUUUCGUUUGCGAACAAAAGAAGAAUGUCGGAUUCACCAUGAUGCUCUAGCAGAUGUGAAUUGGAAAUGUUCGGAUUUUCCAUAUGACAGAAUAACUUGCGACGAUGAAGAAGAACGAGCAAGUCGCAGGGUAUACAGGGGCUGCACCCUUUUUCCGACAUGCAAGGGCUGUACAACCUGUGUGUGCUUCGGGUGUGAAAUCUGUAGGUUCAGUGAUUGCAGUUGCCAAACUUGCACCGACUUCACUAGGAAUGCCAAAGCUUGAAGAGGAUGGGUUUAUGCUGUUUUGGUUUGAGCUCACAUCCACUGAAGAAGGAAAGCAAAGCCUCCCCCCCCCCCCCAAAAGACAUAA